AUGAGCAAAAAAGUCUUGGUCCCUUUUUUAGAAGCAGUCAAAACAUACGCGCAAAGAAUUGACACCCAGCAUUCGAAUCGCAACAUUCUUUCUAAUACUGCUAUCCCUACUCCAGCUUCUUCUCUUAUAACCUGUCCUCCAUUUACCCCCUGCUUCCAACCAAAACCUCUGAAAAGAAGUUGCUUAAAGAAACCAGAAAUUCAGCCCCAUGUUACAAAUUCACCGGAUAAAAAAGAUAAUUCAAAACUAUGGAACACGACGAGCAAUUUAGAGUCGAACAUUUCGUCGAGUUUAGCGGUUACAAAUAAAUUGAGGGAGACAGAGAACAUAAUCGAACAGCUGAGUAGUUUAGAAUCGCCGUUAUCUAACUGUCCUCAAAAGUUGCUGAGUUACUUGGAGGAAAUAAAAAAUGACUUGCAGGAGAACUGCAGACAGAUGAUCAGGAAGCAGAUCAGUAAGGUAGAUUUCAUUCACAGUGGCUCUGACAAAUUCGAAUCGAUGCCGACGAAAAUUUUGGAAGAUUCAAACGAAAUCAAAGAGAUCGUCGAAAAUUUAGGAGAUGAAAAAAUCAUAAAAGCAUUUUUGCGCGAAAGAGGCCGAGAAAACUUUGAUCAAAUGAGACACAAAGGCGAUCCUACAACACUAAAAACAAAAAAACGUCAGCCGUCACCUUUAUUUUUAUCAAAAGACAAGGACGCAACUGACAAAUCGAAACCUUUCCAGAGCAUCAUGAAGAAAUCACAUCCGAUACCUCAGCGCUCAGGUGAUGAAAAACAAUCGUUGAAAGCAUGUAACUUAGCGAUUUAUAGAAACACCAAAGAGACACUUUCCGCAGAGGACAACAUUGAAGAAAAAAUUUUGGACUCCUACGAAGUUCCUCAGAAAAAGGAAAACCUUCCAUUGAACUUCAAAGACACAUUAAUGACCAAAGAAAAGGUGGAAACUUUGGAGCUCUUAAUUUCUAAGGAACUGGACAAAGAUUGCCAAGCGGAUGCGUCAGACACUGUUUUACAAAAAAGUGACGUCAAGAGGUUAGACUCCGAAGACAGCACAAAAACACUGACAUCAUCACAAUCUAUGACGAUUAGAAACAUUUUCAUUUCGGAAAAUAAUUUUGAACCAGCUAACAAACUAAGACGCAACGACAGCAACGACAACACGUUUCAGUACAAAAAGUUUUUUAACAUGAAUCGGUCGUUAACAGGUGUCAAUGAAAAUAAUCCCACUGAGAAAGCGCCAGGUGCUGAUGUUGAAAAUUUCAAAACAUUUUUAAACAAUGAGAGGAAAUCAAGAGAGGUGGGAUCUUUCUCGCCAAAUGAAACGUGUUCGAAAAGCCGAGGAAAAAACGAUGGUCCAAAAAAGUCGUUUGAUACAGGCAGUGCACAUACGAAGAGUUGCGUGAGCCCGGAGUACCUGAUGCGAACCUUCCCAACCAGACAACCACUUCUCAGCUCCACGAGUUCACAAAAUGUUUUACUUGAAAAUCAAUUUUCGUCCGAGUUUUUGAGUGAGAAGAGUCCCUGGCUUCCUGCGAAGACAACACAUUCUGAAGUUUUGAAGCAGAAUAAGAAGAAAAUUAAAGAGGAUUUUUCGACAAUCAACUUGUUGGACAACUUUGUAAAAGAAUUGAACACAAAUAAGACAAGGAAGGUAAAAUCGAUAGAACUUCUUUUGAAAAAUAUCGAACUGAAGCAGAACGAGAUGAAAGUAAGAUGCAAGUUUGCGAAGAACACGUACCAGAAUUUCCUAACGAACAAGAUAAGGGUGUUGCAGGCUAUAUCAGACCUCAAAACAUCAAAAAUAAAUUUCCAUGACAAACAAUUGAUCGAGAAUUUGAAUUCAAUCGACCUUGACCUUCUCGAAAACACCAUGUGCAUGAUUCUAGACUCGAAAAAGUUGAGUGAGAUGGCUGAGGUGUUCAAAUCCAUUUUGUUGAAAAAAGUUCAGACGAAUUCCCUUCAUAAAAAUAAAUUAGGGAAGAGACAGUCGCACGUAUCUUUGUCUGAAAAACAACAGCAACAGCAGCAACAACAACAAAAUUUGGGGGCCAAUAAUUCUUCCAAACUUCCAGCUAGUGAUUCAAAAAGCUCCCUGCACACCAGUGCAUGUCACUCAUGCUUCGAGUUUGCGCCUCUAAAUGCCGUGCUACCAGAUAACUACGAGUUGAUAGCAUGCAACGAGUACCCACAGAAGAUAGCAGGCCUGACAGUUCUCAGAAACGUCAUGUUCGUUGUUCUCGAAGACAAAUCGGAGCUGUUCUACUCGCCUCUGAACGGUUUCCAGGGCAACAGACUGUUCUGGAGUCACAAGUACGAUUCAAUAGUGGAUCCUAUUGAUAUGAUGUCCUCUGGCGAGUUUCUCUUCAUCUUGCUGGCGAACGGACGCAUUUUGAAAAUUGACCCACGCCGAAACACCUCCCUGGAGAAGAUUCUGAGGCUGCCGUACGGACUGGCCAAAGAUGCGGUCAGUCUGUCGAGGUUGAGGUCUGGCAACAUCAUGGUCAUCAAUCGCAGUCCUGGCCAGCUCAUUGAAGUUGACGUCAACAGUAAAGUGGUGAAGGUCAUACGACUGCCCGAUGAAUUAGACGAUGUCUCUCACGUGGUGCAGUUGAGUUCGCAGAGGUUCGCGGUCUCGUGUUCCGGGUUCAACCACAGGGGGGUCUGCCUCAUCGAUUCGAAGGGUAACAUAAUGAACGAAUGUUGUUUCUAUUUGAAAAAAUAUAAAAACCUCAGACCUGGUUUGAAACUUUGUGACAUUUUAAAAUGCCCCGUUCAUCUAGCGGCUGAUGAUGUGGGUUGUAUAUACGUUGCAGACACCAGCAAGAACUGCAUCAUCGUCCUACCGUCUGACCUCUCCUGCGUCAACAAAAUUUACUUUUCAAAAUUUCCAUUCUGUCAGCCGUCGAGACUUUUCUACCACUCCAAAUCGAUGAAUGUUCAUUUCUCGUGUCUGUCUCGAAACAAAUGGGUGGUUGGCUCUUUCAAAACAUCGGCAUCCAACGAUUUAUGA